CUUAGCCUGGUUGCCAGUCUGUUAGCUAACAUUCCACUCCUUGUACUCCAUGUCAUGUGCCAAAGGAAACAGACUGGCAACCUGGCUAGUCUAGCCUAUUAAAUUGCAAUGGUUCAUAACCGCUUCAUGAAAAGUGGGCAAUUCAACUGAUGAGUAGAUAUUCUUAUAUAGUCAUCCUAUCGAAGAUGAGAAUGACAGAAGAGGUGGAAAAUCUAACUCUCACCACGUCGACAUCUUUCCGAAGGCUGAAUCUCGAGAGUCGAUUUCUUAAGGACUCAACUUGCCACAGUCUUACCAUUUCCAUACUCUAAAUGGACAUUUGGGCAUAGGAGGACCGCUGAUUUAAGGACUACUGCUCUCUGAUCAUCCGCGGUUUAUCGGAUUCAGCAGUGAGAUUUCGUGUUUCGUUUGUUUGUUCUGUCUCCAUCUCAACGCCUUCGAUUGGAACACCCCCAACGCCGAUCAUUUUAAUGCCUACUAAUCUUAAUUUGAUCUGCGAGCUCAAGAAAAUAGGCUACAAAGCCAGGCUACAACGCGCAGUACACGACAAUCAAAAAAAAUUGAGCGACUACCCUGCAGAAGAAUCUGACCGAGUGUCAGCAAUACGGGCUACAGUAGCUGGCUGCCUGGAUUUACCAACUGCAGCUACAAGCGCCCGUGCCCAUAUUACCAGUUGAGCCAAGACUUGUAGGGGAAAAAAAUAACAGAUUCAAAUCCUUGACUGUUAUUUCUCAAAGAAGCUCCGAAGACUGGAAAUCUGACUCCUUUUAAUGGUGAAUAACAGCUUCGUGAUAUGGAGCUGUCGUGUUUUCCCCACAUGACCGUUACACUUGCUGUCCUUAUAUGCGUUAUCGGUGUAGGGACGGUAUUUUGAAGAUACCAGGCAGUCACAAUAGCCUACAUGAAACUUCAUCCAAGUGGACGCUGAUGGUGCACGACUGCCUUAUAAAAACACAGUUUGUCGACUCUUUUGAUGUAGGUUAUUUUGAGAUUAUCAUAAGCAGCUUUGGAGACGUUUAGAUUUUUUGCGUUACAUAUGCAUUGAAAGGACCCUGGAAUUGGCCUUAGGACUUUUCUAUCGCGAAAUGAAUGAGGAUAUAAGAGGAGAGCUACACAAGCAAAACAAAUAAGCAACGUGAAAAUAACUAAAGGACAACAGCGAUUUAAACGUGCUAGCUUGUGUGGACUCCACACUAUUUAUUUUGAGGUAUUAGGAUUUUUAUUGAGUUUUUAUUUCGUUGUGAUUUUUGUAGACAUUAUCAACUCGUCUUUUACUUCUUCAAUCCUUUCCAUAGUUCUUCAUGUAACGGUUUUGUGGACUGGUCACUUUGCUGGAAGGAAAGAGGUCAUCAUCACUGUUUUGGUUUGUGGACUGGUCACUUUGCUGGAAGGAAAGAGGUCAUCAUCACUGUUUUGGUUUGUGGACUGGUCACUUUGCUGGAAGGAAAGAGGUCAUCAUCACUGUUUUGGUUUGUGGACUGGUCACUUUGCUGGAAGGAAAGAGGUCAUCAUCACUGUUUUGGUUUACACUGAAGCAGUGGCAAGAAGCUAAUCAGUAUCACGCGAGGCUGCCCCGCGACCAUUCGGUGUUUCAUGUGCCAGCCUCACUGAAUAGAGCUCUCACGAGCCAUCAACAACUCAGAUGCGACCCGGUACAUUUCAAAUAUCUGCAAAGGCUGUUGAUGGAGAGGAUUUCGAAUGACAGCCGGGACAGUGGUCAUCACAGGCGGUAUUUUAGCUACAGUUAUCUUACUGUGCAUCAUCGCAGUACUGUGUUACUGUAGGCUGCAGUAUUAUUGCUGUAAGAAGGAGGAGUCUGAGUCGGAGGAGGAGGAGCCCGACUUCGCGGUGACGUCCCGCCUCCCGCCUGUACACGCCAACCACAACAUCGUGGCGGCGUCGGCCGCCGCCUCCAACCCCAACGGCCCCGCCCUCUUCACCCCGCCGUUGGCGCGUAAACUGACGCGCUCGCAGACAUUCUGCCCAUCGUGCACGCACCAUGAGCUGCCCUUCUACCUGCAGCACCCAGACGGACUGCGGAACGGCGGCGACCGCGUCAGCUACCGCAGUGUCCAGCAACACGACCUGGACCUGCCCUUAGAAAUCCCCAGCUACCACAAACUCAACCUGACCCGGUCGGUCACUAUGAGGGACAUGUUCAACCGCAGCUGCAGCAUCAGCACUGACGUUUAGUGGCAUCAGCGCCACCUGGUGGCAUUGAGGACUCAUGGAAAUGGAUGGAUAAUACAAUUGGGACAGAUAGUGGGACUGUGAUUCUCCCAUGAACCUCGGUCUUACGCUCAGUUAUAACCACACAUUAACUGCCGAAAAGAUAAAUCUGCGAGUUUGUCCUCUCCUCAUUCUGCUUGGUCUGUGGGUACAGUAGGAUGUUGACCCUGAAAUACCAUAGAGUUUCUACACUGUCUGGACUCAUACUGUUGGAUUACCCUAAACCUAAACCACCUUCUGGUUCAAGUCCACCAAAUCAACCCUUUAAAUGACAAAAAACAGACUUUGCGUAGUUGCUGCUAAAGAAACCAAGAAGCCAUGGUGAUAAGAAGGAGGGUUAUGGAGGCUAGUCGCACUACUGUGUCUCUCCACCAAUCCCCAGCCUGAUCACCAGAAGGGGGCCGGAGCUGAUCAUAUCCCAAGUUAUGGAUUAUUCAUCCAUCGCAUCAUGGUUUGGAAAUGGAGGAAGAGAGGGGGAAGAACAUGUCAAAGACCAUAAAAACGUAGGAGAUAAAAGGCUUGGGUUGGAGAGUAGGGGGUGGAGUCCUCUGCUCUGUUUUCUACAUGCUGUUUUUUGGGGGAGAGAGCCGGGUUGCUGCGAGAGCAUUAGAGACUUGCUG